CUUUCACAAACAACAACCUCGAGAACACAACAACUCAUCCUCACAACACAACCAUCUGAAUCCCAAGAUGCCUGGACCACUUCCGAAAGGCAAUUGCGAUACCUGCGACACCGCAGAUGCCAAACUCCGCACCAACCCAUUCACAAAUGAAGAACAAUGCGAGGAGUGUCGCGAUGCCUCGAUCAUCGGAAUCUCAAACGUCAAGUCUCGAUACAACCUAAAGGACGCCGAUGUCGAGGGUCUCCAAAUGAUCAAGGAAGCCAAGGAUGCAUUUCUAGGCGGACCCGACAAGCGAUGGUAUCUCGUGGAGGACAUCGAGAAGAGAGCUGAGGAAGUCAACGAGAAGAAGGAGGCUGCCAAGAAGGAAAAUGAAGCCGCGAAGCUAGAGAAGGAGGCCGCCAAGAAGGAGAAGGAGGCUGCGAAAGAGGCUGCGAAGAAUAAGAAGUCGGCUGCCACUCCCAAGGACACGAAGAGGAAGAGAGAAGAGGAGGAGCCCGCGGCGGAGGAGGAGGAGGCCGAUGAUGAACCUGAGACAGAAGUUGCUGCUCCUGCUGCAAAGCGUGGACGUGGUAGACCCCCAAAGGCCGGAGCAAAGGCUGCAGCAAAGAAAGUAGCAGCUGCGGCUGCGACUGACGAUGGAAAGCCAAAGCGCGGAAGUGGUCGACCCCCGAAGGCAAAGUAAUGCAGAAGGCACAGUCAUGGGAAGAUUACGAGCGAAAAUGAUAACGUCAUUCCAUUCAAUGGUUAUGAACAUAUUUUGGAGGGUGGAGUCAGAAAAGUAAAGGAAUGGCGAUCGUUAAUGCAGAGAAUAAUUCAUUGCAGUGAUCUGCUGGGGCUUUUUUUUGCUGAUCUGAGGAAUUCUGUCUGUUAAAC